AUGGCCGACAACAAACUUCAACCCGCUGCAGACAGUGCCACUCCCAUUGUAAUGCCCACUGCAACUGUCGUAACGACGACACCCACCCACCAUUUCCCCCUAUCAUUGAGUGACCUGAACAUCCACUCUGUCCCCAAUCUCCCUGAUUACCUCAAGGACAUUUACAUUCGACCGAGUAACCAAGAUGCUCAGAUUUCCAAGAUGCAAGCACUCAUCCAAGAAGACAUCACCCUCCGUUCAUCCUUGAAUCAAACCAAACAACAGCUUGAGGACGCCCAAAAGCAAAUUCAGAAACUCGUGACCCAACAGGCACAGGCACAUACUACUGCCCCUGAAUCGACUCCUACUUCACCUCCUAUCACCACACGAACAGCCAACCAUUCUUUGCUGAAUUCGCCAAGAAACCAGCUCCAACCUCCAACUCCAACAAGCCCAAAUCCAAAGGACCAUCUCGCAAGAACCGUUUCACCCAAUCAUGGAUAUCGGUUUGUCUACAUUCCAAAUCGUAGCCGAUCACCCAUCAGUAAAAUGAGGGAUGGUUUCCAUGCGAUGGGAAUCCACAACAGACGCAUCCUGGAUAUCCAUUUCCCAGAUCGUCAUGUUUGUGAAUUGCUCAUUUACAAUGACUACUACACUGCCCUGGAAAACCAGUUGAUCAAAUAUAAGCUUGAUCCCAUCUCCUUUGAUCCAAUGGACACCACCAAGCUGAGAGAUCCCAAGUAUGCCGAGUCUGAGGAUACCACCUUCCUCGCUGAGGAAUGCCGUCGCCUCUUCCUGGCUAGAGUGAAGGUCAAUAAAGGUCGAUUUGAGUAA